UCAGUAUGCAUAUAAACUCGGAGUUCAUGUUUUUAUUAUAUCUUUUUUAUACCUAUGCCCCCUCUAUUACGUCAUUGUAAACAAAGCCAAACGUGUCGUGCCGUUCGGGUCAAACGUUUGUCGCAGGAAGAACGUUUGUUUGCUCCUGAUUUUGCAUUCUGUUGGGCGUGACAUUGCUAAGAAGUAGAUGUUAUGGAUUCCGAUGAGGAUUUGGCAAGAAAACUGCAAGCUCAGUUUGAUGAAGAGGAAAGAUUAGCAAGGGAGCAAGAAAAUGAAGAUGCCAUCUUUGCCCAGACCUUAGCAUCACAGUCACAUGAUAUGUCUGAGAGUGAUGAGGAUGUGGUGGAAGUGAACAGGAAUGAGGAAGUGCCAGUGCGUGAAUUAGUUGAUUUAGACAGUGAUGUUGAAGAUGCUGAAAAGGAAGAAGGGUCUUCCUUGCAGAUGAUAGGUUCAACAUCCAAGACCGUUCCUCAGCACACCAUAUCAGACGAUGAAACAGACAUUGAGGAUAUUGAAACUGAAUCUAAUUCUAAAGCUACAGAGAAGCUACAAUAUUCUCCGAGUAAAGAGUCUUCGCCAAAGAAAACACCAGUUCCUGAGCACGCCUUAUCAGAUGAUGAAACGGAUAUAGAAGACUUAGAACUACCAUCUGAAGUGCCGAAGAAGAUAAACAAAGCGGAAAACGACCAGGCAGAUUCAGGUUCAACAGUUACAGAGAAACAAACAAGUAAUUCUCUAACAAAGAUGAGGUCGGGGCAUCACAUUUCUGAUGAUGAUACUGAUACGGAGGAAUUAGCUGUGCAGGCUGAAGUGGCCCAACCCCCUAAGACAGAGAAAGAGAAUGAGAAGAAAUUGUCAGUGUCAGGCAGCCAGUCGACUCCCUUGAGGAAAGAUGGUUCCAUGGAACAGGCAAAUUCUUCAAAGAAAAGACCUGUAUGCAAAUUUGGUGCUGAUUGUUACCGUAAGAAUCCAUGGCACUUGGAGGAGUUUUACCACCCACACUUAGAGGACAAGGAUGGUGCUGGCGCUAAGAGGAAGUCAGAAUCAUCAAACAGCAUAUCAGAGCCGGCAGAAAAACGUAGAAGGGAAUCAGAUUCAGGGAGCUCUGCAAGGAAGGGUUCAUUUUCUAACAAAAACAUGCCCUUCCCAGCACGCCUUGCAGCCAGCAGCCCUUUCAACUUCUUCGUGAACAAGAGUUACAGUAUAAAGGAGACUCACGAAGACCCACUGAGCCUUGUCUUUCCCGACCUCCUCAAUCCGAAGCUGGGUGAAAUCGUUGAAUCUGUACAGCUUAAUUUCAUGGUGGACUUGGAAUUCCUGAUGACCAAUUAUAAGGCUGGGAAAAUAGAGAGCAAACCUCUGCUUGUGAUGUAUGGCCAGAUGGAGGGCAACCCCAGGGACUACCCAGCUGUAACAUGCACAAAGGUAAACCUUCCUUUCCAGUAUGGCACACACCACACCAAGAUGAUGAUAUUUGAGUACACAGACAGCUUGCGUGUAGUUGUCCACACAGCCAACCUGGUACCUAAUGACUGGUACGAGAAGACUCAAGGCUACUGGAUAUCGCCUGCUUUUCCUUUGCUGGAGGAAGGAAAGGCAGGGCUGUUGGAUGGAGAAUCACCAACACGUUUCAAACGCGAUUUGGUGGACUACCUCACAUCAUACAAAGCCCCAGAUCUUACAAGGUGGUCACACAUCAUUAAGAAAUAUGACUUUACCAACUGCAAUGCGGUGUUCGUGGGCAGCAGCCCAGGGUACCACGCGGGAGAGCACAAGGACAAGUGGGGUCACAUGAAAGCGCGCAGGGCCAUUCGGCAGCAUGGUGGUUCUUGGACCUCUUCUGUGCCCGUUAUUGCUCAGUGUUCGUCUAUAGGGAGCUUAGGGAAAGAUGCGAAGUCCUGGCUUAGUGGAGAGCUCGGGAUGAGCCUGACGGGAGCGCCUGGUGUCUGUGCAAGCGCUCCGAAGGUGAACGUGAUCUACCCAAGCGAAGAUGACGUGCGCAACAGCAGUGAGGGUUGGAUGGGGGGCUCGUGUCUCCCUUACAACUCUGGGACGCACGCCAAGCAGACCUGGCUCACUGAGUGUAUGCACUGUUGGCGCAGUGACAGGAGAAAAAGAACACGAGUCAUGCCACAUAUCAAGACCUACACCCGCUUGAAUAAGAGCCAGUCAGCUGCGCAGUUUUUCCUCCUGACUUCGGCCAACAUCUCGAAGGCCGCCUGGGGUACACUCCAGAAGCAGAACACACAGUUGUUUAUUAGAUCGUAUGAAGCUGGAAUCUUACUUCUACCCAAGUUCCUUACCGACACCUCUGAGUUCCCAUUAAGUGCUAAGGACCUCUUGCUGCCUUACGACAUUCCACUGACUCCUUACCCAAGCGGUGUGAGCCCCUGGUUCAUGAACACAGACAAGAGCCAGCCGGAUAUCUUUGGCCGAACUUAUCCUUGAUACAUGCUCUAUGUCGAUGGAAGAACACAAAACUGCAGUACCUAUUUAUCUAGAUCUUUAUCAUACAAUAUCAAGAUUGUGGAAAUGCUGAAUUAAUUUUUUUUAUAUUAAUAAUCUUUUUUUCUUCUUUGUUAUUAAUUUUACGUCACAACUUUUAUGAUUUGAUGAAAAUGUUUUUACUAUGAGAGAGUGCUAGUAGUUUUUAAUGACAUUUGAUUUCAUUAAGAGAGAAGACAAUAUCUGUAAUGUAUUUUUAUAACUUCUGUGGAGUUCUGAUACAUUUAUAAAGUUUUUAACAAUCUGAAAAA